AUGACAUAACCCAUCAUAACCUCAAACAUUGUUUGUAAUAUUUAAAUAUUUGAAUAAAAUGUGCAAAAAAUCCGAAAAUAAUUUAAGCAAAUCAGAGACUGACUCGGAAGACUCAAUGUCUGAAGACUCAUCCGUCUCGGUGUCGGAAGACUCAGAUCCAGAGUUUGAGCCCGACGACACUAUCCAAGAACCUGGAACCUCAAGCCAAGAAGCCCAGUACUCUGACUCGGAAGAAGAUGAAGUGAUCAAAGCAAUAAAAAGGGAAUCAGAAAAGACCAAUAACCAUCCCCCGAUAAUACGGUGCGAAGAUUUUGUCAUGGAUAUUUGCUUCCAUCCCUUUAGCAAUAUCUUGGCUGUUGCCACUAUUAGUGGUGAUGUUUGUUUUUAUAAUUACUCCAUGGAAGAAAACAAUUUACAAACCUCAUUGGAAUUACACACAAAAUCUUGCAGAGACAUAGAAUUUAGUCACGAUGGUAAAACACUCUUUUCCACAGCAAAAGACAAAGCGAUCAUGCUCAGUGACGUAGAAUCAUGCAAAUUGAAUCAAUUCUAUGAGAACUCACAUGAAGUACCAGUAUCUUGUCUGACAGUUUUGGACGAAUAUUUAUUUUGUACUGGAGACGACGAUGGCACCAUCAAACUUUGGGACAUCAGACUUCCCACUGCAAUUUACAGAUGCAAGAAAAACGAGGAUUAUAUUAGUGACAUCAUCACCAACGAUGCACAGAAGUACUUGAUAUGUUCAAGUGGGGAUGGUUCUUUAACUACCAUAGAUUUAGAAAAACGUUCCGUUUUCAUGCAAUCCGAAGAGUACGAAGAAGAAUUGACAUGCUUGGGCUUGUUUAGAACUGAAACAAAACUGUUGGCUGGUUCCUCGAAAGGCAAAUUGUAUUUUUUUAAUUGGAACGAGUUUGGGCUGCACAGUGACGCGUUUCCUGGACCUAAAUGCCAAAUAAACUCUAUGAUACCUGUGACUGAAAAUAUUGUGGUUACUGCCUGCGAGGAUGGAGUUUUACGAGCCGCACAUUUGUUUCCUCAUAGACACUUGGGUAUUGUUGGACAACACAACAUGUCAGUGGAACACCUAGAUAUUUGCAAUGACGGCACUUUUAUAGCUUCAAGCGGGCACGAGAACGAAAUAAAAUUUUGGAACAUUCAGUAUUUUGAGAACUUUGAGAAGGUCGAUCGCAAACAUAAGAAGCACGAGAGAAAGAAGGAAUUGGCACAUAAUUUGCCGUCGUCCAAAGCUGGCAACACUGCGGACUUUUUCAGUGACUUGGCUUGAAUAAUGUAUUAUAGUUUUUGUCUCGCCAAUAAUUUUAUUUUUUUUUAUUUUUUUUUUAUUUUUAUUUUUUUUAAAUUUUAAUUAGCAUUAUGAACUUAAGUAUCUAAGUUUCAACAUACAAUUUAUUUAUUUUUGUAUUUAUAUUAAACACAUAUAUUCUUAAAACAAACUACAAUACAAAUCUAUUAAAAUAGACUAAGAUCAAACGUAAUGUACAUUUGUACAGACCUAUUAAUUCUUGAUCCAACAUAUAAUGAAAUGCACUGAAAUCUUGAUAAGUACCUAACAUAUGUUAGAAUAGAAUGUAUGUAAACAAUGAUUUCUUGACAGGUAAUUGACUAAGGUAAUUUUCCCAUGGCCUAUUUGUCUAAAGUUCUGUUGGAAGGUCAAAUGAGCUCAAAUUGAAAAAGACUUCUGGCAAUUGUUUUUAAGAUUGCAAGCAUAUGACAUAAUAGUCAAAUACACACCUGGAAAGGUUUUAUUAGUAGCACAUGCUCUCUCUAGAAAUUUUGUGAACAUUCAAUGUUAAACCCUCAUGUUAAGUCUUCAGUUUUUAAUAUAGGUACUUUUUAUUUGUGGAAACACGGUUGAAUUUGACUGGUACGAAAAAUAAUAAGAACACCAAACACGAGUGAAAAAGGGUGACAAUGAUUCUGUCAUUGAUUUUUCUUAGCUGACAAAAAGUUUAAUUUUUUAAAAGAAUCUCUUCUAUUUUCAGCCUGUUGUUUAUAUAUAAAAAAACCAAACGAAAUAGUAGUUUUUAUAUUAAAACAGUAGCAGAGCAAGUGGUCCUUCGAAGCAAACGGUUUAAUCAAAUUUUUCCACCAUUCCCCAACAAUUAAUUUCACAACAACUAUCUGAAUGAAGCAGUAGAAGUUCAUUUACAUGUAUGAUUUUUGAGAAUUCUGCCUUCAGUGACAAGAUUGAGUUGUUUCAGACAGAGACAGUAACUGAUACUGAUCUGGCCAACCGAUAAAAGUAAAUUUUCUGUGCACUUAAAAUUUCAUUUUUCCAUCAAAGAUGAACUUUUGGUCUACUUUUUAAGAACUCUUGUGUAGUUAGAGUUUAUUGAGCUUAAUCAUAUGGACAUUGAAGUCAGAAAGUAGAAGAAGACAUGUUAUUUUUUGGAUCUUAAUGAGCAAAGAGGAUCUUGUUAGAAAUUGUGUAACAUGUUUAAAAUUUUAAAAAACUAAUUCUGAACCUUUAGUCUUGAGAGAAGUUCCAGAUCGUCUUUCGAAAGUAGUAGGGGACUGAUAUUCUUUCUGUUCAAAAGUAAUAAACUCGUACUUGCUAGUGAUUGAUUAUUGCAGCAAAUUUAUUGAAACUCAACAACUCAAUCUUUGAGAUGGUUUGGACCAUAUAAAGUGACUGAGAAAAUGGAAUCGAGAUGUAAAUGCUGAGGUAGAAAAAAUAGGAAGCAAAAGAAGGAAGAGAUAAUAUGGUCCACAUAAGUAGGAUGUUGCCUCACAGCAACCUAUGGAUAUUCCACUAGAGGAAAAUAGACUGUUAUUCUCUUAUUUAUACCCUCACACAUAGAUUUCAAUUUAAUUUUUGUGGCUUACCCUACUAAACACCUUUUUGUCUCUGAAUAUAUGACAUAAUAAUAUGUGUAUUGAUUAAGUAUAUUUUAUACCAGGCCGGUUGACCACGAGAUUACUUACCAAGCUCUAUCUUAGGCAUGAAAAUUGAUAUUGAUGCAGAAUUUCAGCAUAAAAGCAAUUGACUGUUGCUUCCGGUUCCAGUAGAAAUUUAAAGUAUAUUUUUGUGUAUAAUAUCCUAUACCAAACAUAAACAGCGAAUAGUUUUUGGAAAUAAUAAAUAAAUAAAAAUGAACUUUAUUUGAAUUCUGCACACAAAACAGAGUGAUCCAUAGAAUCAUGCCAGUGAGAAAAAAAAAAAAAAAUUGAUUUGACACCUGUAUGCAUGUACACACAUACACACAUGCCUAUCUUAAAGAAUUGCAUUGCAUGGAAACAAUGCAAUUAAAUAAAAUACAAAUAGAAACACAUAAAUAAUAACAAUAAAAAAUAAAAACGUAGGUAUAUCGGACCUAGAACAGGUUAAUAAAAAAAUUAAUUUAUCUGUUGACCCUUGCUUACACAAAAUAUAUCACAUGCAGGUGUAUCACGUAUAAACUUAUUAACCAUUUCCAUGCUCCUGUUUGAUGGAGAUGAAAAUGAGGGAACUUUGAAAAAUACAUAUAUCUCUUCUGAUGGCCGUUUCCACCAACUAAUUUAGGGGAGCUUUAACGAUAAGUAUUCCUUAAACUGACAUUUCUCCACGGAAGACUGUCAUUUUUAGGAAUACUUAUCGUUAAGGCUCCCCUAAAAUAGUUGGUCUAAGGUGGAAACGGCUUUUAUCUAUUAUCAGGUACAUUUAAAGUUUAAUCUGUUUAAAGGGGGUGUGAUCCAAAAAUGAGAGUUUUAGUGCAAAAAAAUCUAAGAAUAAAUAUUCAAACCACAUCUUGCUACGAUGGUCCGUUUUCGAGUUAGGGCGGUUUAAAGUUACAACUAGGCGUUUGUGACGUCACACUGGAUUUUCAGGGACAGUAUUAACACGUGUUAGAAUUCUCGAAAACAAAAGAUAAUUAUCUCCUAGAGCGAAUUGCAGCCACUCAAAUUAUAGGGUAUGGUUCACUGACGACUGAACGACCAGAAGACUGCGAUUUCGGCGGUUGUGGCAGGAAAUUGUGAUUUCCUGCAUAAUUGAUCUUCACAAGGAAUUUUCUCGGAGACUAUUUUGAAUACAGGACGGUUUUCACGAGAGAUCUUAGAAUUUUUUUCUUGAUUUAAGUAGCUUAAGUCGUUUUUUAGGCUUUUAGGGUCACACCCCGUUUAACAAAUCAGGUACAUCAAUAUUAUUACACAAUUUACACAAUAUGUUACAGAUCAAGAUUAUGAGAUAAGAUGAGGAUAGCCAGGAUAGAUACCAUGCUCUUUAAAGAAUACAAAUCUCAAAAACUUCUUCUGAAUUUUUUGAGUACAUGGAUUCCAUAUUACCGAGGCAUACUCUAAUUUUGACCUAACUAGAGCAAUAAACAGAAUACAAAAAAUAUUUAAGUUAGUAAAGUUGUUACAUGUUCUCAGUACAAAUCCAAGCCUCUUCAUGCCAUCUGCACUAAUUUCUGCACAUGGUUUCCAAAAUUGAGGUUUUUCGAGAACAAUACACCCAAGGAAAGAUUCCAGUUAUGUACUAGAAUAUUUCCGCAAGAACUCAAAGCAGCGAAAAUUGUCCCAAUUUACAUAGGCGGAAAUCACUCUGACCUGAACAAGUACCGACCAAUUUCCAUCCUAGAUACCUUCUCAAAACCUGUUGAAAAAACAAUAAAGCACCAGAUUGGUAAAUUUUGUAAAGAAGUUUGGUUCCUUGAAGAAUUCAUAAUGACAGAAUUAGACCAACCUUGAAAGAUGAUCCAUAAUCACCAACUUAGGGCAACCUUACUGUGAUCUUUCCAUUAUAUAGGGCUUCGCAAGACCAAGACCAAGACUCGCCAGUCUUCGUCUUGGUCUCGAAAAAUAAAUGCGGUCUUGGUCUUGAUAGUCUUGAAAAAAAUGUAUAUCAAAUUUUUAAACUUCUUCCACUACUUCAAUUACGCCUUAUUUUUUUUUUAAUAUAGGUAUUAAAUUUUGUGUUUCUUCUGUAGAGAGUAGAGAGC